GCUCGGCUCGUCUCCCUCUCGAGUUGGUUCCGCUGGGGCGCUCUGGUGAGCAGUGUAGUCUCGGGAGUCUACCGGAGUGUUGCUCGGUUAACGUUACUGACACAGUGCACAUUUGUAAGGAAGAAGGACUUCACAGUAUGGCGCUAAACCUCACCAUUAACACAAGCAAUCCGCCGCUCGGAGCGCUUCUGACGGCAGAGCAUGUGAAAGGCAGUGUGCAGGUGUCAGUGGAGGAAGGCAAAGACACCCAGCUUCAUGUCUCAGAUGCGAUCCAGUUCAACGAUGCCAACUCUAUCAGUCGGUACUUGGCCCGUGUGGCUCCCGCUCUUGGCCUCUAUGGAGCCAACAUGAUGGAGCAGACUGAGGUCGACCACUGGUUGGAGUUCAGUGCUCAGCGGCUCUGUAGUCAACCUGCUUUAAGCAAUGCGCUGGUGGAUUUGGAUAAGGCCCUUUCCCUGCGGACCUUCUUGGUUGGACAUACCCUCACCCAGGCUGACCUGUCCGUCUGGGCUGCCCUCAAAGGUCAUGGGGAUUGGCCAAGCCAGGGCAAGUCCUUCUCGCACGUCAAUCGCUGGUUCUCUUUCCUGCGCUCACAGGUUCCCUUCACCGCUGUGGGAAACAAGUAUGCCAGUAAGAAAGCUCCAAUCAGCAAAUCCAACUUGGAUGAGAAGAAGCAAGAUGUUGGCAAGUUUGCGGAUUUGCCAGGAGCUGAGAUGGGCAAGGUGGUGGUUCGAUUCCCUCCCGAGGCCAGUGGAUACCUGCACAUCGGUCAUGCCAAGGCUGCUCUGCUCAACCAGCACUAUCAGAUCACUUUCAAAGGCAAGCUCAUCAUGCGCUUCGACGACACCAACCCUGAGAAGGAAAAGGAGGACUUUGAGAAGGUUAUCCUGGAAGACAUUGCCAUGCUCCAGAUCCACCCAGACCAGUUCACCUACACCAGUGACCAUUUUAUCACCAUCAUGGGAUUUGCGGAUCAGCUGCUCGCUGAGGGCAAAGCCUACAUUGACAACACGCCGCCUGAGCAGAUGAAGCUGGAGAGGGAGCAGCGCGCCGAGUCCAAAUGCAGAAACAACACGGUGGAGCAGAACAUGAAGAUGUGGUCGGAGAUGAAAGCAGGGACAAAGAGCGGUCAGACCUGCUGCAUGCGGGCCAAGAUCGACAUGAACUCCAACAACGGAUGCAUGAGAGACCCCACCCUCUACCGCUGCAAGACCACUCCUCACCCUCGGACUGGAAGCACCUACAACGUCUACCCAACAUAUGACUUUGCCUGUCCCAUCGUGGACAGUUUGGAGGAUGUGACCCACGCCCUUAGGACCACUGAGUACCACGAUCGUGAUGAGCAGUUCUACUGGAUAAUCGACGCACUACGCCUCAGGAAGCCUUACAUCUGGGAGUAUGCCCGACUCAACCUCAACAACACAGUGCUGUCGAAAAGGAAGCUCACCUGGUUCGUCGACCAGGGAUACGUCGAUGGAUGGGAUGACCCUCGCUUCCCCACUGUCAGAGGAGUCCUAAGGAGAGGAAUGACCGUUGAGGGUCUGAAGCAGUUCAUAGAAGCCCAGGGUGGAUCACGGUCAGUGGUGAACAUGGAGUGGGACAAGAUCUGGGCCUUCAAUAAGAAGCUGCCAAUUAGCUGUCUGAAGGUCAUUGACCCGGUAGCUCCCAGGUACACAGCUCUGUCCAGCUCCUACGUGGUUCCUGUCUCCGUCUCAGAGGCUGCAGAGGAGAUGAAGGAGGUGGCCAAACAUCCUAAGAACGCAGAGGUGGGCAUGAAGAAGGUUUGGUACGGACCUCGAGUUCUGGUUGAAGGAGCCGAUGCUGAGACCUUCGCAGAGGGGGAGAUAGUCACCUUCAUCAAUUGGGGCAACCUCAUCAUCACCAAGAUCAACAAGGGGCCCGACUCUAAGGUCGUCUCCAUGGAGGCUCGCCUGAACCUGGAGAACAAGGACUUCAAGAAGACAACAAAGAUAACGUGGCUGGCCGACACCGACAGUGCUCCCCUGCUGCCCGCCAUCUGCAUAAACUACCUGCCUCUCAUCUCCAAGGCCGUCAUCACCAAAGACGACGACUUCAAGGAGUACAUCAAUAAAAACAGCAAGCUGGAGGAGAAGAUGCUCGGCGAUCCUUGUCUGCAGAGCCUGAAGAAAGGCGACGUCAUCCAGCUCCAGAGGCGGGGCUUCUACAUCUGUGACCAGCCUUACGAGGCCAUAAGUCCUAACAGCUGUAAAGAGAGUCCCUGUGUGCUGCUCUACAUUCCCGAUGGACACACCAAGGAGAUGCCGACUGCUGGAUCCAAGGACAAGAGCAAGAGCCAGGCCUCCAGCAAAACGCCUGCUUCGACCCCUACUGAAGCUGCCUCGACACCUUCCCCACCGCCUGCCGCAGCCUCAGCCAGUGACAUGUUCUCGAGCAUCGAAGCACACGGUGAAGCUGUCCGUCAACUAAAGGUUGCCAAGGCUCCUAAAGACGAAGUGGACAAGGCAGUUCAGCAGCUGCUGUCUCUAAAGGUGCAGUUUAAGCAGCAGACGGGUAUGGACUACAAACCGGGCAUGGCCCCUCCCACUUCUACUCCAGCCCCGCCGACCACAUCAACAGACACUUGUUUGUUCACCCAAGUUACCCAGCAGGGCGAGCUGGUCAGGAAGCUGAAUGCCGAGAAGGCGCCUAAGGACCAGGUUGACCUCGCAGUGAAGCAGCUCCUCGCUCUGAAGGCGGAGUUUAAAAAGCUGACUGGUCAGGAUUACAAAUCUGGGAUGGCACCUUCUGCUCCUGCCUCCUCCUCUGCUCCAGCUCCUGCGGCCUCCUCUUCCUGCUCUUCUUCCUGCUCUUCUUCUGGCCUGUAUGAGCGUGUUUCAGAACAGGGGGAGAAUGUGAGGAAACUGAAGUCUGAAAAAGCCCCCAAGGAUCAGGUGGACGCUGCAGUGAAGCAGCUGCUUGCCCUGAAGGCCGAGUACAAACAGGCCACAGGCCAGGACUACAAGCCUGGAGCGGCCCCAGUCCAGAAAGCCCAGGCCCCAGUCCAGAAGGUCCAAGCCCCAGUCCAGAAGGUCCAGGCCCCAGUCCAGAAUAGUCCUAGCGCUGCACCUGCUGCUUCAGGCCUGUAUGAGAAGCUCUCUGAGCAGGGAGAAGUGGUCCGGAAGCUGAAGGUCGAAAAGGCCUCCAAGGAUCAGAUGGACGCUGCAGUGAAGCAGCUGCUUGCCCUGAAGGCCGAGUACAAACAGGCCACAGGCCAGGACUACAAGCCUGGAGCGGCCCCAGUCCAGAAGGUCCAGGCCCCAGUCCAGAAGGUCCAAGCCCCAGUCCAGAAGGUCCAGGCCCCAGUCCAGAAGGACCAAGCCCCAGUCCAGAAGGUCCAGGCCCCAGUCCAGGAGGUCCAGGCCCCAGUCCAGGAGGUCCAGGCCCCAGUCCAGAAGGUCCAGGCCCCAGUCCAAAACAGUCCUAGCGCUGCACCUGCUGCCUCCGGCCUGUAUGAGAAGCUCUCUGAGCAGGGAGAAGUGGUCCGGAAGCUGAAGGUCGAAAAGGCCUCCAAGGAUCAGGUGGACGCUGCAGUGAAGCAGCUGCUGGCCCUAAAGGCCGAGUACAAACAACAGACCGGACAGGAUUACAAACCCGGAUUACAAGCCCCAGGUAGCCAGGCCCAGACUCAGUCCAGCUCUUCCUCGACCAAGUCCAGCUCCCCCCCGCAGGCCGAGGAACUCUUCUCCCAGGUGACCCAGCAAGGAGAGCGAGUGAGAAAGUUGAAAUCCGAGAAGGCCCCCAAGGACGAGGUGGAUGAAGCCAUAAAGACUCUCCUGGACCUGAAGAGCAAGCACAAGACGCUUACUGGACAGGACUACAAACCAGUGGCUGCUGCUGGAGCCACUGGAGGAGAGGACAAAAACCGCAAAGAGAGGGAGAACAAGUCUGAGAAACAGGGAGGAGGAGGACCAGGAGGAGGGAAGAAGGGUAAAGGAGACAAAGCCAACCAGGGCAAGGAGGCUUCCGGAGGAGCAGGAGGCCCAGGAGAGGGUCAAGGACCUAAGAAACAAACACGGUUGGGCUUGGAGGCCAAGAAAGAGGAGAACCUGGCUGACUGGUACUCUCAGGUCAUCACUAAAGCAGAGAUGAUUGAGUACUAUGACGUUAGCGGCUGCUAUGUGCUGCGGCCCUGGGCCUACUCCAUUUGGGAGGCCAUUCAAGACUUCUUUAACCAGGAGAUUAAGAAAAUGGGCGUGGAGAACUGCUACUUCCCCAUGUUCGUCUCGCAGGCUGCCCUGGAGAAGGAGAAAUCCCACAUUGAAGAUUUUGCUCCAGAGGUUGCCUGGGUAACCCGUUCAGGAAAGACCGAGCUGGCGGAGCCCAUUGCUCUCAGACCCACCAGUGAGACAGCGAUGUACCCUGCCUACGCUAAAUGGGUCCAGUCCCACAGAGACCUGCCAAUCAAACUCAACCAGUGGUGUAACGUUGUGAGAUGGGAGUUCAAACACCCCCAGCCCUUCCUGAGGACGAGAGAGUUCCUGUGGCAGGAGGGUCAUACGGCCUUCGCCACCAAAGAGGAGGCAGCUGAGGAGGUGCUUCAGAUCCUGGAUCUAUACGCCCGGGUGUACGAGGAGCUGAUGGCGAUCCCCGUGGUGAAGGGGAGGAAGACGGAGAAGGAGAAGUUUGCCGGAGGCGAUUACACCACCACUGUGGAGGCAUUCAUCUCUGCCAGCGGCCGAGCCAUUCAGGGUGCUACGUCUCACCAUCUGGGUCAGAACUUCGCCAAGAUGUUCGAGAUCAUGUUUGAGGAUCCGAAGAAGCCGGGUGAGAAACAGCUGGUUUUCCAGAACUCCUGGGGAAUCACAACCAGGACCAUCGGUGUCCUCACCAUGGUCCACGGAGACAACAUGGGACUCGUACUGCCACCCAGGGUGGCCUGCCUGCAGGUCGUCGUGAUCCCAUGUGGGAUCACUGCCUCCCUGCCGGAGCAGGAGAAGGAGGCGGUGUUGAGCCAGUGCUCUAAAUACAUGAAAAGGCUGCUGGAUGCUGGCGUCAGGGUGAAGACUGACACACGAGACAAUUACUCCCCAGGGUGGAAGUUCAACCACUGGGAGCUCAAGGGAGUUCCUAUCCGUCUGGAAGUGGGUCCCAAGGAUAUGCAGCAGCGUCAGUGCGUCGCGGUGAGGAGAGACUCGGGCGCAAAGGUGACCAUUCCAGAGGCCGAGGUGGAGAAGAGGCUAGUCGCCCUGUUGGAGGACAUCCAGAGCAACCUGUUUAACAAGGCUUCGGACGACCUGAAGAGGAACAUGGUGACCGCGGAAACGAUAGAACAAUUCCAGAGGGAGUUGGACCAGAAAAAGAUUAUCCAGAUCCCCUUCUGUGGAGGAAUUGAGUGCGAGGAUUGGAUCAAGAAGAUCACUGCCAAGGACCAGGACCUGGAGCCUGGAGCUCCUUCCAUGGGAGCCAAGAGCCUCUGCAUCCCCUUCUCACCCCUGAAGACACUGCAGCCCGGUCAGAUGUGCAUCAGCGGCAAGGAGCCCGCCCAGUACUACACCCUGUUCGGACGCAGCUACUGAGCACCGGCUCAUCUUGUUCAAAAAGAGCUUUCCUGCCUUCUCUCAUCUAUUUGUUUGUGUCUGAUCUCUCAUUAGCAUAUAGAGUGACAGGGGUGUGAGAUAACUGGACUGUGGUAUUAGACUAAGGAGAUUUGUCUUUUUUUAACAUGUUAUGAACACAAGAAAGUGGAGGGGAGAGAAACUGCUUUUCUCCCACAUGGCUCAUUAAUCUUUAAAGAAUACUAACUGACCGUUUGUAUGAGCAUUGGAAGUAAAACCAGAAACUAGGAAAAUAUUCAAUCUUUCCUAUCCUUUCUGAAUUCAUAUUUUUUUAUAAGUUCCUACUCAAUGCUGUCAAAAAAAAGAAGAAGUUUGAUUUAGUUUUUUUUGUUUGGCUUCUGUCAACAGUUAGUAAUUGAGAUGGUCUGCAUCUUUUUUUAAACUGGAAAAACUGUCAAAAAGACAAACAUACGCCUGGGAAAAACUCCCAUCUCUCGCAGUUAAACAGUCUCAGGAACUCUGCAGGUACUCAGUCUUGUAGAUGUGGUAUUAUCAACGCUCUUCCUGUAUGACUGGUUACAGUAUGUGGCUCAUGACUUGGUCAAAUACCAAUUCCUCUGAUCCACCAAAAACCUAAUUACAUAAAGAUGUGAGGAACUGAAUAUGGUAUAAAAAAAAUAUGUUGUGACCUGUCGAUACUCUCCGGUUAAUGAACUCUACAACUUGUCCGUUAUAAAGGUAUUUCCAUUGCAAACUU